AUGCACGCCCUACAUCUUGUGGCUUUUGUAGCCUGCGCUGCGAUCAAAGGAGGUGCCCUCGAGCUGCCUUCCUUGGCCUCGGAGGUUCAACUGGUGGGCUUCCCUGGUGACCAGACGAACUACAACGAGUCUGCUCCUCACAUGCGAUGGACUGGCCACGUUGGGGUGCGCUUCAGGAACGCGCCGCAGGACACGGUGUUCGGCUUCACGCCCGACACAGUGUUGCGAAACGACAUGCACACGCUGGUUUCGACCCUUCUGGAUGGCAACAGCUUUCCUGGCAAAGUCAGCAACGACUUUCCAGACUUUGAGGAUGCUACAUACUCGCCCUUUGGUGUGAUCUUCGUGUUUUGGGACAUCAAAGCUGCUUGCAGCGAAAAGGACUGUGGACUAUCUUCCGUAAGGAAAGAUAUGAUGGACGUGAACAAGUCUUACGCAUUUCCGCCAGAGGCACCCCUCAAAUAUCGCGGCACAGCAUACUCUGCAUGCACUUCAACCUGGGGCGAGUCGUGCUUCAACUGCGCGACAUAUCCCAAAUCAGUGGGGCUGCCAAUUCCGGAAGACACUGGGAUGUUGCCUGGGUAUUUGGAGAAGAUGGCUCUGCUGCACGGAUCUUUUUGUAGAUGCUACAAAUCUGGCAGAUGGCACUCGAAAUCUGAUUGCUGGGCUGAAAGAAAUAGACUUCUUUUCAACCACUGUACAUUUGAACAGCCUGUGGAAGAUCUUUGA